GAAAAGGACCGAAAUCUCAGAGAAAUCAAUGGCGGCUGCGAGGGCAGGAGUUAUCCAAAUACUGGAAGCUCGACUACCUCCAUCGCCAUGGAUUCCCUCUCGCGCCGCCACAAUUCGGCUCGAGCAAAUAGUAGUAGAUGAAGUUGAAGAAGGUGGAGGAGCGCUUCUUUCUCUUAGAUCCAGUCGUCGAAGAGCUCUUCUAUGGCUUGCCCUCCCCUCCCUCGCGGCCGUCGUUGCCCCCUCCGCGGCCUCGGCCCUCUCCCUCGGCAUUCCCGGACCGAAGGACUGGCUAAGAGAACAGAAGAAGAAGUCUGCAAAAUUUGUCCUUGCACCAAUUGAAGCCUCGAGGGAGACGCUUCGCUCCGCAUAUGGCCUUCUGAGUGCAGAGUCACAAGGGGAGAAAUCUCAGGAGGUUAUUAGACUUCUGAAUUUGGCAUCGAGAGAUUGUGUGCCACAGCAAAGGAACACCUUAGUGCAAUUGCAAUCUCAAACCGGCGUGGAGGUCUGCACUUUUCGAUUGGUCGUAAAGAAUGCUGCUUCUUUGCUUGAUAAGGAUGAUCUGGUCAAGUUGGAGGCUGAAGCUUCUCUUGAUGAUCUUAUAAGAUCAUUUUCAUUCCUUGGGAAUAUGAUGACCGACUGCAACUUUCAGAUCGAAACUGACAGAGAAAAGUUGAGAGAUGGUUUAAUAGAUACAAUCUCUUCACUGGAUAGAUUUGAGCAGGGCAUAAAGAACUGCUUGGGUGUCUGAUCACAUGGGCCCGGGCCCAGGCACAGGCCUGGCCCAUGUCGAGGUGAGCUUGGACUCUAUUGUCGAUUGGAUUUAAAUUUACGCCAUUUAUUAUUUUGUGCUCAAGAAGAGGUUCAUGUAAUAACUUAGACUUCCACAUGGUCUUUAUGGUUGAUAAUGUCAUUAAUAUGGCAAUUCUUGGCUA